GAGGCGGCGGCGGCAGCAGCAGUAAUAGCAGGAGCAGCAACAGAAGGCGUCGGAGCGGGCGUCGGAGCUGCCCGCUGAGGGAGAGAAGAGAGAGACAGAGAGCGAGCGAACAGAGGAGCCCGAGGCGAAAAAGUAACUGUCAAAUGCGCGGCUCCUUUAACCGGAGCGCUCAGUCCGGCUCCGAGAGUCAUGGCGACCGCAGCGUCUAACCACUACAGCCUGCUCACCUCCAGCGCCUCCAUCGUGCACGCCGAGCCGCCGGGCGGCAUGCAGCAGGGCGCGGGGGGCUACCGUGAGGCGCAGAGCCUGGUGCAGGGCGACUACGGCGCGCUGCAGAGCAACGGGCACCCGCUCAGCCACGCUCACCAGUGGAUCACCGCGCUGUCCCACGGCGGCGGCGGCGGGGGCGGUGGCGGCGGCGGCGGGGGCGGGGGUGGCGGCGGGGGCGGCGGCGACGGCUCCCCGUGGUCCACCAGCCCCUUGGGCCAGCCGGACAUCAAGCCCUCGGUGGUGGUCCAGCAGGGCGGCCGAGGCGACGAGUUGCACGGGCCGGGCUCCCUGCAGCAGCAGCAGCAGCAGCACCAGCAGCAGCAGCAGCAACAGCAGCAGCAGCAGCAGCAACAGCAGCAGCAGCAGCAGCGGCCGCCGCAUCUGGUGCACCACGCCGCCAACCAUCACCCGGGGCCCGGGGCAUGGCGGAGCGCGGCGGCCGCGGCGCACCUCCCACCCUCCAUGGGAGCGUCCAACGGCGGCUUGCUCUACUCGCAGCCCAGCUUCACCGUGAACGGCAUGCUGGGCGCCGGCGGGCAGCCGGCCGGGCUGCACCACCACGGCCUGCGGGACGCGCACGACGAGUCGCACCACGCCGACCACCACCCGCACCCGCAUUCGCACCCGCACCAGCAGCCACCGCCCCCGCCACCCCCGCAGGGCCCGCCAGGCCACCCCGGCGCGCACCACGACCCGCACUCGGAUGAGGACACGCCGACCUCGGAUGACCUGGAGCAGUUCGCCAAGCAGUUCAAGCAGCGGCGGAUCAAACUGGGAUUUACCCAAGCGGACGUGGGGCUGGCACUGGGCACCCUGUACGGCAACGUGUUCUCGCAGACCACCAUAUGCAGGUUUGAGGCCCUGCAGCUAAGCUUCAAGAACAUGUGCAAGCUGAAGCCUUUGUUGAACAAGUGGUUGGAGGAGGCGGACUCAUCCUCGGGCAGCCCCACGAGCAUAGACAAGAUUGCAGCGCAGGGGCGCAAGAGGAAAAAGCGGACCUCCAUCGAGGUGAGCGUCAAGGGGGCUCUGGAGAGCCAUUUCCUCAAAUGCCCCAAGCCCUCGGCCCAGGAGAUCACCUCCCUCGCGGACAGCUUACAGCUGGAGAAGGAGGUGGUGAGAGUUUGGUUUUGUAACAGGAGACAGAAAGAGAAAAGGAUGACCCCUCCCGGAGGGACUCUGCCGGGCGCCGAGGAUGUGUACGGGGGGAGUAGGGACACGCCACCACACCACGGGGUGCAGACACCCGUCCAGUGAACUCGAGCGGGGGGGAGGGGCAGAGCGCGGGUCUCCCCCUCCCCUUCGGUCCACGGCCCUUUUCCCGGCCCCCUUGUUCCCUCUCUAACUUCUGAUUGUUCUUUUUAUUUUUAAUUAUUAUUUUCCCGUCCCUUAAAAAGAAAAAAAAAAUAAGGAAAACAACUAAGGCACUGGACUAUCCUUUAAACGGUAGCAGGUGUAAUGAUGUGUUUUGACCUUUACAGGCCAGUACCCAGGCAAUGGAGUGGAGUGUCUCAGAGAGAGUGAGGACAAGAGUGAGUGAGAGAGAGAUGGCAAGCACUGAGUUAAAUACCUGGCAGAACUAAAUAAAUUACCAAAAAGAGGGAAAAAAAAUCCACCAAACCGUGAUAAACACAGAACACAGCUCCUGAUGCUUGGAGUUGGCACAUGCUGCUGUGUUUAUUUCAUGUGGAUCCCCAUCAGGAAAGAGGGAAAAAUACACACGUUCUUUGGUGCAGGCAAAAUUUAACCACAUAAAUUUGCACUGCAAGAAAAUUGAAGUUUACAGGAACAAGUUCACGAACAUGUUUUGCGUUCUCCCACCGUUCAUUUUGAAAUUGCCAGGUUUGGUUUGGUUUGGUUUGAUUCAUCGGAGAGAGAAUUGAAGCCAGCUCUUGGCCCCUCUCCAUUUCCAGUGUUCUUGUGUUGCCCCUCUUCUUCUUACUCUUACUCUUUGUGAACUUUGGUUACCUUCAAAUCCACCCCCUCUUACAUUGAUUCAACGUUUAUUUGAUCCUUUUCACAAAGCAAAACAAUUGGUUUCAUACAAAAUAAAUAAUUCUCUGCUUUCAGGAAAUGUGCAUAGUCUACCCGCUUUAUCCAAGGCAAAAAUCCUGUUCGGAAU